UGGAGAGGAGCUGAGCUUUGUCUCGAGCGGAUGAAUGAUUAUCUUCCCCAUACCCCAGAUCCCAUUCAUAAGAACUGACAUAUUCCAAGUUCUUGGGGAUCGACAGGUCAAAGCAUUUUGACAACCUUCUCCUCCUUCUCCUCCUUCUUCCAUCUUGAAUCGUAACCAAGACAAGAAGACAAGAUGGGUCUCUUUACCAAGGUCGAGGAUCGGCCGACGCCGAACAAUGUCUACAACUGGCGUGUGUAUGCUUGCGCUGCUCUCGCAGGUUCAGCUGCUAUCAUGAUUGGCUACGACAGUGCUUUCAUUGGUACCACUUUGGCUCUGAAGUCAUUCAAGGAGGAGUUUCAUUUCGAAGACCUCUCAACAGCUGCUGUCAACCUCCUCAACGCCAAUAUCGUCUCUUGCUAUCAAGCUGGUGCUUUCUUUGGUGCCAUCUUUGCCUAUGUUGCCGCCUUCUUCAUGGGACGAACAUCCGGUCUCGCUGUCUUCGCUGCUAUCUUCGUCCUUGGCUCGGGUCUCAUGCUUGGAGCGAACGGCGAGAGAGGAUUGGGUCUUAUCUAUGCCGGGCGUGUACUUGCAGGUCUGGGUGUUGGUGGAGCUAGUAACUUGGCGCCUAUCUAUAUCUCUGAGAUCUCGCCUCCAGCUAUCCGAGGACGUCUCGUCUGCAUGUUCGAACUUGGAUGGCAGAUUGGUGGGUUGGUCGGCUUUUGGAUCAACUACGGAGUCAGUCUUCAUGUUAAGCCUGGUCACAGUCAAUGGAUCAUCCCCUUCGCCAUCCAACUUAUCCCAUCCGGCCUGCUCUUCCUUGGCGCCUUCUGGCUCCACGAAUCUCCUAGAUGGUUGAUGACCAAGGGCAAACGCGAGAAGGCCAUCAAGAACCUCUGCUGGAUCAGAAAUCUGCCCGAGAAUGAUAUGUAUAUCAAGGAAGAAGUUUACAUGAUCGACCAAAACAUCGAGCGACAGAUGGCUGCUGGCGGUCUCGGCUUCUGGCAACCAUUCAAGAUCUUGGCAUCCAACAAGGCUAUCCAAUGGCGAUUCUUCCUCGGCGGUUCAUUGUUCUUCUGGCAGAAUACUUCGGGUAUCAACGCUAUCAAUUACUAUAGUCCCACUGUGUUCAAGUCCAUUGGUAUCACUGGAACCAACACCUCGCUUUUCACCACUGGUCUCUUCGGUGUCGUUAAGACAGUUUUCACUUUGAUCUACCUCACCUUCUUGAUCGAUCAAUAUGGACGACGCAAGCUCUUGAUGAUCGGUGCCAUUGGAGGCAGUCUCUGCUUGUGGUACGUCGGCGGCUACAUCGCAGCCGCGAAACCAGCCGAGCACCCCACCACCAGUCUUCCUCCAUCUGGCGUCUCAGCCAUUUUCUUCUUCUACCUCUGGACCGCAUUCUACUCCCCAACAUGGAACCCCACGCCCUGGGUCCUCAACUCCGAAAUGUUCGACCAAAACGUCCGAACCCUCGCGCAAGCCUUCGCCGCAGCCAACAACUGGUUCUGGAACUUCCUCGUCGCGCGCUUCACGCCGCAGAUGUUCACCUCGAUGGGCUACGGCGUGUAUUUCUUCUUUGCUGCACUGAUGCUGUGCUCGGCUGUGUUUGUGUAUUUCCUGAUCCCUGAGACGAAGAAUAUUCCGCUCGAGGGUAUCGAUCGGUUGUUUGAUAGGCGGUUGAAGGCUAGCCAGGCGCACGCGAUUGUGUGGCAGGAGUUGGCCGAGGAGGAGGAGGUUAUUAGACAGGGAUUGAAUGAGGGUGGGUUGGAGAAAGAGUUGGCUGUUGAGCAGGUUGAGCAGAGGGUUUAGGUUGAGGUGGGGGAAGUGGAAAAUG